AUGAAGGCCCCUUCGACCGUCCUGGCGGUCCUCCUCGGACUUGCCCAGGUAUCCGCCGCCGCCGUGGCCGCCGUUCCUGGCAACACGGAUGUCGCCAAGGCUGCCGCCGAUGCCGUGAACGAGCUCCCUCCCCCGGCCAACAAGGCUUUCGUACCUGAGGCUGAGACGGACGAGAAGGCCGAGGAGGCCGGCGCCGGGGCCGUCCGCAUGCGCGACUGCCGCUCCGACUUCUGCCGUGACCACAGGGGCCACCGCAGCUGCGGGCACUGCUCCAAGGAGGUCGUCAUCGAGGAGGAGGGCCGCAAGUUCCCUCAUCACCACGGCCACCACCAUGGACACCACGGCCACCACGGCCACCACUGGCCUUCUCAUCGGGACUGUCACAGCGACUACUGCCGCGACCACCACGAACGCGACGGCUGCAGACACUGCGAGGUCCACCACCACCACCAUGGCCACCACGGCCACCACGGCAACCACACCACGACGCGGAAGGACUGCGAGUCGCCCGAGUGCAAGGGCCACUACUACCGCAAGGGCUGCGGCCACUGCCACAAGAGCCAGACGGGCCACCGCGAGUUCCGCGAGUACUACCACCGCAAGCACUUUCGCAACAAGUGCGAUCCCGAGGUCUGCAAGAAGGACAAGAAGCAUGAGGCCUGCAAGUCGUGCAAGGUCGAGCCCAAGAAGAAGGCGGAUCCGCCCAAGUGCAACGAGGUCGUCUGCUUCCUCGCCGACAAGGGCAAGAAGACGACGACGACCAUUCCUUCCAAGCCCACGCAG